AUGGCAAACAUCGAGGAAUUGAGUGCAGACGACGAUUUUGAUGAUUCCGGACUAGAAGAUGCCACCUCCUCUCAAAGUACUUCUGUCGCAAGCUCUGUAUUUAACUACACGUAUGAGAAUUGUCGGAGAUAUCAUGCAUAUCGAGCUGGUAGUUACCCCUUGCCCAACGAUGAAACGGAACAGGAGAGAAUGGACCUGUUGCACCAUAUCUGGCGGACUAUGCUGGGAGGGGAGUUGCUCCUAAAGAAGCCCGUUGCCCCUCAACGCAUCCUAGAUGUCGGCACCGGGACUGGUUUCUGGGCCAUAGAUAUAGCGGACGAGUAUCCAGAGGCCAUUGUCAUCGGCACAGACCUGUCGCCGAUACAGCCUGGAUGGGUUCCACCAAACUGUCGGUUCUAUGUCGAAGACGCUGAGGCUGGAUGGACCUAUGAACCUUUAGAUCUGAUCCAUGGCCGCAGCUUGGGUGGUUCAAUAUCUGACUGGCCACGAUUCUACCAACAAUGUUUCGACUCGCUCAAACCUGGGGGACUUCUCGAAAUGCAAGAGCACGACGCUUGGAUCAGCACCAUUGAACAGGAGUUGCCGUCCUGGACAGCAGAUUGGAAUGUUACCUUGAACGAAGCUAGUGCAGUAUUCGGCAAGUACCUCAAUGUCGCCAACAAACAUAGAGACUGGAUGAGAGAUGCAGGGUUUGUGGAAGUGGAACAACAGACUCACAAAGUCCCCAUCGGUAAUUGGGCCAAAGACACCAAGUUAAAGGAGCUCGGCCGAAUACAUCUUUUUGAAAUGCUUUCAGCUGUUGAACCGUACACCCUUGCGCUGUACACCAAGGUGCUUGGAAAGAGCUUCGACGAGACGAAGAUCACGAUUGAGAUGGUCAAGAAGGAGUUUUGCACUAGAAGAUUUCAUCUAUAUGUCAAUUACCAUUUUAUCACUGGGAAGAAACCCGGUGGAAAUUCCAAUGCUCGAUUGGGUGGGUAA